ACUGAUACUAUUAUUAUAUAUAGGUGUAACAAUGAAAUUAACCUCUCUUUUCUCUUCUAAACUUAUUAUAUUUAGAAUAAAAUGAAUUGCACAAUAUGCUUUGAAUCUACGGGGAAAAGAAAGCUUGUAGCCAGACGAGAAUUUACACGACACUUGGCUGCGCAUCGACGUGAAGAGUUUAAGAGAAAGCUGAGGCAGAUACCAGAAAUCCCAGAGAAUAAUGCUGUGGAGGGCAUAUCUUCAAGUGCAGUUAUAGCUUCCAGAACUAUCCAGAAUCCAGCUUUUCGACAAGGACCGUUGGCAGACAUGGUUAUUGACGAUGAUAUUGAGAUGGAAUAUUUUCAAGUAGAAGUAGAAAAAGAAGGCUUUUUCGAAGCAGAGGACGAUGAGGAAGAGAUAGCUGAGGCGCUUGUUGAUGAUAUCGGAUAUCUUACCAAUGUUGAAUAUGAAGAGGAUACAUAUAUAGAUGAUGAUGAAACCACAGCUACUAUUGAAGCUGAAGAGCCUUUUGAUGAAGCUGAAAGCUGGGCUAAGCAAGAUUUGUUACGAAUUGGUACAUCAGAAAUGACUGGUGAACCUAUUCAUUUAUACAUUGAAGAUUCUGGUAGGGCUUCAGAACAUACUGAGAGUGAGAAACGAAGCAAAGAAUUAUGUUUUGAUGCAAAACCACCAAUCAAAGAUGAAUCACUAAAGUCUGUUUGGCUUUCUGAAAAGCUUCUUAGUGAAUCAACCGCUUUGAAUGAAAGGCGCUAUGACAUGUGCGCGAACGGAUGCAUGAUGUUCUUAAGAGAUGAAGAGCUACGAUGUUUUUUUUUGCCUCCUUUUGUGGACUUGAUAAUUGCAUUUGACAGGCCACAACUUACCGAAACAGUUUUGGGUUUUAUGCAAAAUCCAAACAAGAAAUACGGUAUAGCUAAUCCAUUUGAAGUAUCACCAGCUAUAAUCAAGAACUUGGUGAAAGGCUCGCUGAAGUACAAAGCCAUGUUUCAGGAAGGGCAUGCUCGUGCGGUUGACUGGCAAAUAUUACUAGUUUAUCUUCUUCCAAAUCUUGUUUGCGAGGGUAUUCUGAAGAUGGCAAAUGUUCAUCUAGCAGAAACACAAGAGUUAUGGCCUCUACAGUAG